AUGAGAGAAUCCAGCGUCCCUCUGCCUUCGUUUGCCCCUGAUGUCCCGCGAGAGACCCGGGCGUCUUCAUUGCCGGCCCAGAAUACCGACUCGGCCCUUGCGGCCAUUCCCGAAACUACUGCACAGCCCUCGCCACAGCCAGCAGUUCCUUUGACGGAAGAAGCUAUACAAGCAGCUCAGCCAGAUACACAGAUACCCGCAGAUAACCAUCAGCCGGCUGAUAUUCUGCCACAGCAUCCUGUAGAGUUUGACGAGGAUGGCAACUCGACCACCGACCACAGCGACUACAGCGAGGAAUUCCUCGAAACAUACUCCAUCACGUCGAGUAUCAUCGACUAUCAAUAUGAAAACGGUCGACGCUAUCCCAGCAGUCGUGCGAACCAUUACAUGAUGCCCAACGACGAGGACGAGCAGGAUCGGUUGGAUCUCGUCCAUCACUUGUACUUGAUGCUCAUGAAAGGAGAGCUCUACAACGCUCCGAUCGAAAAUCCCCAGAAAAUCCUCGACCUGGGAACCGGCACUGGUAUCUGGGCGAUUGAGAUGGCCGAUAAAUUCCCCGGCGCGCGAGUCAUCGGAAACGACCUCAGUCCCAUCCAGCCCGGUUGGACACCAUCCAACAUCGACUUUCUAAUUGACGAUUUCGAGUCUGACUGGUUAGAUCAGCCAGACACGUAUGACUUCAUCCACUCGCGCAACCUCGCUGGAUGCGUCGCCGACUGGCCCCGUCUCAUCUCCCAAGCAUACGCACACCUCAAACCAGGCGCGUAUCUCGAACUCAAAGAAAGCGCCGUCUGGGGCUGGAGCGACGACGGCACGCUGAAAGACGACUCCCCCGUCAUGGACUGGCUGCGCGGAAUCAACGACGCCAGUCGGAAGAACGGACGAGAACUACAAGUCUACCACAAGCUCAAGGGCUUUCUGAUUGACGCCGGUUUUGUGGACGUGCAUGAGCGGACGUAUUUCCUGCCCUUUACUCCCUGGCCCGCUGAUCCGUAUUUGAAAGAGGUAGCCAAGUAUCAGAUGGUUCACGUACAGGCGGCGGUGGAGGCGUAUGGGCUGCGGUUCUUUACGCAGGUGCUGGGCUGGAGUCCGGACCGGACGAAGAUUCUGUUCGCGCUGGUGAAGGAUCAGUUGAGGGAUUUUAGCGUGCAUUCAUAUACCAAGGUGUAA